UAUGAGCUUAUCGAGAGGUCGCAAGGUUGAUGGUCGUCAGGUGAAGGAGUGCGAGAGGUUGAAGGAGAUUGACAAGAGGGAAAUGGAACUAGAGAAGCGAUUAGGGGAGUUUGAGAAGAGGGAGAAGGAAUUUGAUGCAUUCUGUGAUGGGACAUCGGGAGAUCUGGCUUUGAAAGAGGAGAUUUUGGAGAAGGAGAAAGCGGAGUUGGUUAAGGAGGUUAGGUUAGCAAAUGAGAAAAUUAAUGAGAAGCAGAAGUUGGGGUAUGCGCUUAUCGAGAGGUUGGAGUUGGGAGUGAAAAUGCUAGGUGAAAUGAAGAUGAUUAUGGCUGAGAAGUUUAAGGAGCUUGAGUCAAGGGAGGAGGCAGCCCAUGAAUCUCUCACUGCGAGUUUGAAUGAGGCUGAGCUAAUUCGAGAACGUCCGACAGAGGCAUUAGCAUUCUUGCAUCUCCUGGCAGUAUAUGGUAUAUCCUAUUCUUUUGACAGAAGUGAGCUAUUAAGAUUUCUGAAGUUGGCUGAAAAACAUAAACAUACUCCUAACUUGUGUCACACCUUGGGUCUCGCCGAUAGAGUUCCUGGUUAUAUCAAGGUAUUAAUGAAUGAGAAGCACUUUCUUCUUGCAAGCACAUACAUUUAUGAAUAUCAGCUUCAGGACAUGUUUUCGCAGUCAGAGAUCCUCAAUUAUUAUGCAUCACAUUGCAAGAAGUCAGCAAAUGCACUACGUAGAAGGGAGCACAACUCUUCUGCAGCACAGGAGAAGGCGAAUGCAGCUGAGAUUGCUGCUCUGCGUCUUGGAAUCGAACAUAUUGUCAAGCAUGGGCUUGAAUCUGACUACUCCCCAAUCACCUACACAGCAAGAAUAAAGCAAUUAGAAGCGUCUCAAGCUGGCUUGAGACGGCGGAUUCCAUCAUUCUCAGCUAAUAUUGAAAAACAUGGGAGAUGCAAUGGAUCCCAGGAGACGAGUAAGUGGGCACGACGAAAACGUUGCCGGGAAGCCAACAAAUCCGAUGCCUUCUCAAAUCCUCAAAUGACGCCUAACCGUGGUUCGAAUAAUUGCUCUUCCCCUGACUGGAGACAGCCUCCUCAACAUCAGUCGAGCCAAAUGAAAGCAUGUCAUGAUGCUCCUGCAUAUCCUUGGGAUUUUGUGAAAUUGGUUCCGUUCCCCCAGUCAGACGGUCCUCGCAAAAGACCUCGGGCGAAUACCUGGGUGAGAGAGGGUGGCUCACAUAUAGGGAAUGUUGCUAACCAAUGUUAAUACCUGAUGGAAAAUUAGCAUUGUCUGUUAUUGUUGAUGGCGACAUCUCUAAUCUUACUAGUUGUAAAUUAGUUGGGCAAAAGUGGGUGGCGACAUAUCUCUAAUCUUUACUAGGAUGACACAGUUAGCACCCACUAUGCGAUGUAUGUUUUUGUUUCAAACUUUGUUAUUUUAAGAGAUAUUGGCGCUUAAAUUCACAA